UCUACGGUUUGUACUAAUAUCUGAGUUUUAGACAUUAACACCGCCGCGUCUUUGUGUGUAUCGCCUCAACAGAUCUAAUCGCUAAGUCGUCUCUCUUCUCCCAAACGAAAACGAAUCUUCUAUUAAAAAAUGGCUGAGGCAACGCCUGCUUUGAGGAAGCCUGUGUUCACGAAGGUGAAUGAGCUGAGACCAGGAACCAACGGUCACUCACUGAACGUGAAAGUUGUGAGCACGAAGAUGGUGAUGCAGAGAGGAGGAGGAGGUCGUCCCAGUGGUCCUCAGGCUCGUCAGAUGCGGAUUGCAGAAUGUCUUGUUGGAGAUGAGACUGGGAUCAUUAUCUUUACCGCAAGAAACGAUCAAGUGGACACGAUGAAAGAAGGCAAGAUUGUGACCCUGCGCAAUGCGAAGAUCGACAUGUACAAGGGGUCUAUGAGGCUUGCGGUUGAUAGAUGGGGCCGUGUUGAAGUCGCGGAGGAGCCCACAGACAUCGCCGUGAAGGAAGAUAACAAUCUUUCGCUCAUCGAGUAUGAGGUUGUGAGCGUCGAAGCUUGAUGUGUUCCUCCACGAAAGGAAAGCAGAGCGACUCACAAGACCCAUUUUCUAGUUGGAGAAGCAUCAGAUUUUGAGUUUUGCUAUCAGAAUUUGCGGGUGGUUUUGAGUCUUAUGUAUUAUCCAGCUUGCCUCUUGAUUUACCGUUCUCGCUUUGAAAAAUCAGGUUGCUGGUUUUUUUUCUUUUUUUUUUUUGGUUUUGUAGAUUGAUUUUCUCUUUAAAUGUCAUGGGAUCAUUUUCUUGUCGUUGUUUUCGUUUUUUGACGCUAAAGCAAAAACAAACAAAAAGUUAUAAAGACAUGCACUGAUGAUUAUCACGGAGAGAACAUUUGGUCCACUGAAUUUCUGUUAUUCUAUCAAUGGUGUUGUUCAAAGUUCA